CGGAGGCAAGCCAAAUCGCGUGUUCGUGGGCUCACGGGAAGGAGCGGAGGGUGCUUUGCAGUGAUCUCGUUGUCGCCAUGUCGAGUUCGGAUCAAGGGGAGAGCUGGGCCAAUUUUGGUGAGUGCAGCAGGGAAGCAGAGAGGCCGUGACUUACGUGACGGGACAGUCUUGCAUGCACAAGGAAGAGGCAGGCAGAUCUAUAUGCCUCCCGCACCCCUCCUCCCUACACGUCGUCUCCCUUCGCUUGCCCUGCUUCUCUGAUGACAGAUGCCUGGAAUGAGUUUCAGUCUGCACCAGACUCAGCUGCUGCAGCCAAACCGGCAACUGAUGACCAAAGCUGUAAGCACAGCACGAUAUUGCCGCAGACCAGUUUGGUUCCUUCUCUCUCUCAUCGUUUUCUCUAAUGUGCGCACACAGGGCCGCAGACGACCUCGCGAGAGGUGGCGAGACAGCCAACAGUGGACACUGUCCCGUCGCAGAGCGACGACCCAUUCAAGCAGCCCGCGAGCGAAACCAUUGAGCCAUUCGCUGACAGGGAGGAGCAUCCGAAAGGGGAGGGUUCAGGGGACGAGGGCGAGGCGCCUCCGAGCGGCCUGCUGGGUGACUUCGAGAGGGCAUGGAGGCCGGAGCAGACGCGGAUUGACAAGUUCUCGGGCCUCAUUGUCUUCUCAGACAACGAACUGGGUCGGCCAGCAAGAGAGGUGUCAGUAUCACAUUUCAUUCACUCACUCGCCGUCAUGUACAUGUGAUGGCGCGUGUGCAUGUGCAUGCGCAGACGUGCUCGGAGGCAAGAAGGGUGAAGGUGGUUCCCAGGAGGCAGUACCUCCUUCCACAGCCUCUGCGCCCCCGUCGCGGCCGCCCCCUCCCCCUGCGACCACUCAAGGCUUCUCGCUGCGCAACGCCCUCGUCAACGACGCCGCCUCGCCGAGUGCGCCGCUCGUCGAGACUGAGGAUGACAACCCAUGCGCUGAGAUACUCAAAGACGAGGAGCCGCAGAAGGUGGGCAAAAGGGGGGCUGCGAGGAUGAAUGCGCUGGUGGAUGGAUGGAUGUGAGGAUGGUGGUCCGCCUUAUUGUGGUGUGCGAUGUGUGUGUAGGACUGGCGUGCGUCUCAUGUGGGUGAGGACGGCAUGUGUCGGCCGGCCGCUGCAGUGGACCCCAACGACCUCGAGGAGCACCAAAAGAAGACCAUUUUCGUCAUACACAAGGUAUGUCAAACCGAACCCAUAGCGCUCACCCAAGAGUCAUGGAGAGUGAAUGUCUGUCUGUGUGUCUGCGCGUUUACUUGUGUGUAGGGGGAGGAGACGCCCGUGAGCUGGUUCACCGACACGCCCCUGACCGACGUCAAGGAGGCCAUUCUCUGCGCGUGUGACGCCAUGAUGGAUGCGGGUCGGUCCGCAACACAACACAACACCACACACCUCAUCGAUUGACCCACACACACGCACGCACGACUCAUUCACCAUUGGUGCGGUGCAGGGUUCGUUUUGCGAGAGGUGCUGGGUACCAAAGAAGACGCGCCAGACGAUGGUUCGCCCAGGAGGUCGCCGUACGUGUUGGGUGAGGAUGCGUACCACUUUGAGGAGUUCGACCGGCUGGUGGACGGCAAGGUGUACCUGCUGGUGGAGGGGGAGGAGAGGAAAGACCUAGACAACAUCACCGGUAAGUCCAGAAAGGGAGGCAGGCAGUGUGCGCACGGUGACGUAUGUGUUUCUCCCGUUGUGUGGUGUGUAUGCAGGUGACCGCUGGCGUCGUUUGAAGGUGACGAUCGAGCCAGUGCUGCACGUGGAGUCGCAAAAGGCCAUCGACAGGAUGAAAAGAGGUCGGUCAGUCCAGUCAGGGACGGCACAGCACACAGGCAGACCAGAGCACAGACAGAACAGAUGUGUGGACACCAUCUCUGUCUCACUCUCUCUCUAAUAAUAUACACCUAUCGACCGAUCAGGGACGAAUCUGCUGAAGCACACGCGCUACGGCUACCCGCACUUGCGUCAGUUCCAGCUCAGCAACGACAUGAACAGACUGCACUGGUACUCGGGCGCCAAAUCCAAGGCUGAGUCACUCGGUGAGUGGCGGGGCCUUGGUCAGGGACAGGGCACGAUUGGCGCCACUCUGGUUUGGUGCUGCACAUCACAUCACAUCACAUUGGCUGGCUGGGUGUCGCUGGUGCGCUGUGUAUGUGCUAUGUGCGUAUCUAUCAGUCACCAUCGACGACAUCAAGGAGCUGCGUCUGGGUCAGACGACGCAGACCUUCCUGCACUACAAGCUGCCCCUACUCGAACACCUCUCAUUCUCGGUCGGUCGGUGGGCCGGGCCGGACACCAUGCAUGGACGGCACCACAGCACGACGGCCGACACACAGUCUGUGUGUGUGUGUGUAUGUGUGUGUGGUGACUGGACGCCUGUAUGGUGUGCAGGUAAUGUACGGCCCACAGGCGUCCAAGACACUGGAUCUGACGUGCAAGGACGAAUUUGAGUUCGACCACUGGGUCACGGGACUCAAGGUACACACACACACUAACACUAACACACAGACAGACAGACAGACAGACACACAGACAGACAGAGGCACAGACAGGGAGACAGACGCGGCAUCCAUCCAUUCAUCCAUCCAUCCAUCCCGUUCAUCCGCCAGGCGCUGAUGUAUCGCGCCAAGGGGAAGGAGAUAUCCAAGGAGCAGCUGCUGCAGCACUCGAGACGAUUCAGGUGCGGCACAGCCUUGCAUAUACACGCCGUGUCGGCCAGCCAUCAUCCAUGUGGAUGUGUGUGUGUAAAUGUGUGUGCAGGCGUGCGUUAGAGAAGAACGAGGUCAGCAUCAAACUCUCACAGCUGCCCGAAGUCAAGGAAAGGGUAAGUGGGUGGACUAUCACACAUCGCAUCAUAAUACAUCAUCGGGGAUAGAUAAAGCCUGUACCUUUCUCUCUCUCUCUCUCUCUCUCUGUGUGUGUGUGUGUGCGUGUGUGUGUGUGUGUAGGGCCAGCUGACGCUUGACGAGUGCAUCGAGAUCGCAUCCAACACACCUGACCAGCUCGAAAAGUACACAUACGGCUGCCUGCAUCCAUGCCAUGACUGAUAUGACUGACACCCUUGUUGAGUUGACGAAUGUGUGUGUCCGUGUGAACGUCAGGAAACUGGAUCGCCUGUCUGACCGUCUGAAGAUCGUGCAAGGGCAGAUAUGCCGCAUCGACCGCCACAGCGCCGGGCAGCCUGAGCUGGACAUUUCCGUACUCGCCGGCGUGGUGCGCACGACACACACACACACGCACACACAGACACACAGCCACACACAACCAAGACACACAUGCCCACCCAUUCUUCAUUUAUCCGUCGUGUCGUCCGUGUGUGUGUCACUCACUCACUCACUCACUAAUACGUGUACGUGUGUAGGGUCCUGCGUAUGCGAGUGUGUACGAGGAUGUGUCAGCGAUGGAGGAUGAGGAGAUGGAGUCCUUCAGGAUGACGCAGCUCGCCGAUGAGGUCACCAAACUGCUGCAGCAGGCGAGAAACGACCUCGUCGGUACGUUACCUUACCACUCACAAACACCACACCACACCAGACCAAUCCAGACGAGGCAAAUGUUUCUGUCCUCCUAUCGGGUUUAUGGUUCGUGAAGCGUUGCGAACGGCCAAUGGCGGUGGCAACGGUGCCCCCCCUGCACAGCACCAGAGGGUGGGUGGAAGAGGCAAGCAGGACACAACCCAGUGGAGCAUCUGCUCACGUUUGUGCGUUUGUGCACAUGGUGCGUCAGGCCAAUGAGACCGACGCACUCACGGCCAACACAGAUGGGGUAGGCUAGGCACCACUCCGUCAGCCAACCGACACCAACACCCACACACACACACACAUUCACCCGUGCCCAUCGGCUGUGGUGUAGGAUGAGGAGAGUGUGGGUGUUGGUUCGUCCCGCCCCUCGAGCAGCAGCGUCGACGGCCCCUCGUCGCCCACACGCCGGUCCGGCAGCAGCAGCGGCGUCAGUGCCAGCACCAAGGCGGUGACCAAGGCCCUCGACCAGCUGCUGUGGAAGGCUGAAGUCGACCUCGAGAACGUCGAGGACAUGUACGCCAGGUAGGUGUGGUGUGCAACCAACGCGCCCGAUCAUUAAGGCUGAGAAGAUAUAUGUGCAAGAAUGAGCGUGUGGCUGGCUGGACGGCAGGUACAUUGACAACCAGGCGUCGUCUGCGCCGGUGUUCUACCGGUCCCUGGUGGAGCUGCAGUCCACCAUGAACCAGGGCAUGCAGAGACUCGGAGAUGACGUAAGUCAGACACACGCUCAGCUCACGCAGAGAGAGAAACCGACACACGGCUGCCGUGAUGUGAUGUGAUGCUUGUGAUGAUUGGUGUGGCUGUUUCCUUUCCCGUUGACUGACAGAUAUCGAAUGCGUUGACCACCUGGUUCGGCAGCAAGCCACAGGAGCCCCCACCCGACCAGAACCUGCCGCGGGUGUAUUGAUUAUCUAUCAAUGGCUUGAGUCAGUGGAUGGAUGGCGCAUCGCACGGCACGGCACGCUGUAUCUUUCGCACCAACCCGCAGCCCUUUACUUAUUUUCGUGCGUCUGUCUGUCGGUAAUUUGCCAGCAAAGCUCAUGUCUGCUGCCUUAGUUGCCGUCCGGCAGUUACUUUUGGUGUCGCGGAUGGAUGGAGUUCUUUUAUGGCGUCCCUUUGGCUGGCUAAGUGCUGUAAUGUGUUGUCUGUCUUGAUCACAUUCUUCAUACCGUGCGGUGCGGUGCCGCCAGAUGAGAUGCAGCUCAGCUGAGAGAGUGAGGGUGAGAGAAAGUGCUCUGUCUGUC